CUACAAAUCCCUCCACAGCUCUACUUUUCUUCUACUGCGAAUGCUUUCUGGUAAGAGUCCGUUAAUCUGAAGAAGAAUGAGCAGCUGGAGAAGUCUUGUUCUUCGAAUCGGCGACAAGUGCCCCGAGUAUGGCACCAGCUCCGACUUCAAAGAACACAUUGAAACGUGUUCUGGUGCUCUUCGGCGAGAGUUGGAGCACUCUGCAAACGAUAUUAUACCGUUCCUUCUCCAAUGUGCGGAACAGUUGCCUCACAAGAUUCCUUUGUAUGGGACAGUGAUUGGGCUACUGAACUUAGAAAAUGAGGAUGUUGUUAGGAAAAUAGUGGAGAAUAUUCAAACUAAUCUCCAGGAUGCCUUGGAUUCUGAAAAUUGUGAUAGGAUUCGUAUUCUGAUGCGCCUUCUGACUGCAAUGAUGUGCAGCAAAGUUCUCCAACCAGUUUCUUUGGUGGUUGUCUUUGAGACCUUGUUGUCAUCUGCUGCCACAACAGUGGAUGAGGAGAAAGGGAAUCCCUCCUGGCAAGCACGUGGAGACUUUUAUGUUUCUUGCAUUUUAUCAUGUCUUCCAUGGGGAGGUUCAGAAUUCAUUGAGCAAGUUCCUGAGGAGAUUGAGAGAGUAAUGGUUGGAAUAGAAGCUUAUUUGAGCAUUAGAAGACGUAAUUCUGAUACUGGCCUAUCUUUUUUUGAUGAUGAUGAUGAGGAAUCUGGGAAAGUUUCUUCUGAAAAGGAUUUCUUGGAAGAUUUAUGGGAUAGGAUACAGGUUCUAUCCAGCAAUGGAUGGAAACUUGAUAGCGUUCCAAGACCUCACCUCUCAUUUGAAGCUCAGCUGGUUGCUGGAAGGUCUCAUGAGUUUGUACCCAUCAAUGCUCCUGACCAACCUGAGCCCCUUUCACAACUAUCUGGGGUACUGUAUGGUAAACAGAAGCACCAUGCAGAGUUAAAAUAUCCUCAACGGAUUCGCAGGCUUAAUAUAUUUCGUGCUGGUAAAACUGAGGAUAUGCAACCUAUAGAUCGUUUCGUUGUGGAAGAGUAUUUAUUGGAUGUGCUUUUGUUCCUCAAUGGCUGUCGAAAGGAAUGUGCUGCAUACAUGGUUGGCCUGCCUGUGCCCUUCCGAUAUGAGUAUCUUAUGGCAGAGACAAUAUUCUCUCAGUUACUUUUGUUACCUCAACCCCCAUUCAAGCCAAUAUAUUAUACACUGGUUAUUAUGGACCUCUGUAAGGCUCUUCCUGGGGCUUUUCCUGCAGUUGUAGCUGGUGCAGUCCGUGCACUUUUUGAGAAAAUUGCUGAUUUAGAUAUGGAGUGUCGAACACGGCUCAUUCUUUGGUUCUCACACCAUCUGUCAAAUUUUCAAUUCAUUUGGCCGUGGGAAGAAUGGGCUUAUGUCUUAGACCUUCCUAAGUGGGCUCCACAACGUGUGUUUGUUCAAGAGGUUUUGGAGAGAGAAGUUCGUCUAUCAUACUGGGACAAAGUUAAGCAGAGCGUUGAGAAUGCACCUGCUUUAGAGGAGUUGCUUCCACCAAAGGGUACUCCAAACUUCAAAUUCACUGUGGAAGAAGGCAAAGAAAGAACUGAAGAACAUGCCCUUUCUGCAGAACUCAGCAAGAAGGUUAAAGGAAGGCAAACUGCCCGAGAAAUAAUCUCAUGGGUAGAAGAAAGUGUAUUUCCCAAUCAUGGUUUGGAAGUUACACUUACAGUGGUGUUGCAAACUUUUCUUGACAUUGGGUCUAAAAGUUUUACUCAUCUGAUUACUGUUUUAGAGAGAUAUGGCCAAGUUAUUGCUCGAAUUUGUCAUGAUCAAGAUAAGCAGAUCAUGCUGAUGGCUGAAGUGAGUUCCUUUUGGAAGAACAAUACCCAAAUGACAGCUAUUACAAUUGAUAGAAUGAUGGGUUAUCGGCUCAUAUCUAAUUUAGCUAUUGUGAGAUGGGUCUUCUCCCCAGCAAACAUUGAUCAAUUUCAUAUAUCUGAUCGCCCAUGGGAGGUUCUUAGAAAUGCUGUCAGUAAGACUUACAAUCGUAUAUCUGAUUUAAGGAAAGAGAUCUUGUCUCUAAAGAAGAAUGUUGUAUCAGCUGAGGAGGCUGCAGCCAAGGCAAAAGCUGAGUUAGAUGCUGCCGAAUCAAAGCUUACUCUGGUGGAUGGUGAACCUGUCCUGGGUGAAAAUCCUGCAAGGAUGAAGCCCUUGAAAUCAAAUGCUGAAAAAACAAAAGAAGAAGAGAUAUCGUUGCGUGAUUCUUUGGAGGCCAAGGAGGCUCUUCUUGCUCGAGCCCUUGAUGAAAAUGAGGCAUUGUUCCUCUCCUUGUACAAGAACUUCUCAAAUGUGCUGAUGGAACGCCUGCCUGAGGCAUCUAAAGCUCAAACAUUGCAGGCAUUGAAGUCAAUUCAAGCUGAUGAAAUGGUUGUUGACCUUGAUGAAUCAUCAGAAAUGGAAGUGGAUAAUGAAAAAGAAAGAUCCAAAAAAAGUCAGUCUAAUGGUGAGAAGGCAAAUAAGGUCUAUAAUGUGGGUGACAAGGAACAGUGGUGUUUGUCAACUUUAGGCUAUGUCAAGGCCUUCUCAAGGCAAUAUGCUUCUGAGAUAUGGCCUCACAUCGAGAAGUUAGAUGCAGAGAUAUUCACUGAAAGUGCGCAUCCUCUUUUCUUGAAAGCAGUUUAUUCUGGUUUGGGUCGGCCAGUCUUUGAAGUGUCAUCAAGCUAAUCAUGUUGUACCUUAUCCCAUGUUAACAUAAUUUUUUUCCGAAAUUAAUGCUUAAAAAGUUAAUGUAUGUGAAUGAACAAAUUGAAGGGGAAAACUUCGAGUUUAGCAUCAAUGUUUUGAGUAAGCUGAGCUGAUUUAUUUAUUUCUAAUUUUAUUUUUCUCCCCAACUCUUUCUGUAAACUAUCUGGUACACCAGGAAACUAACCAAAUCUAUAAGUCUGCAUUUGAGGGUUAUGAACUUUUAUAUACUAUCAUCGAGUGUCGAUCAA